GAGGCCUAUAAAUAGAAGAAUCCCCAAAUUACGGUAAGGUCCUGGGUAUACAUUUAUUGACGUUGACGAUCAAAUUCUCAAGCGUUUUCUCUCAAACACAUCGGAAAGCAAUGGACGCCUUCUCCUCCUUCUUCGGUUCCCAAUCGUCUUCACGAAACCGCUGGAGCUACGAUUCUCUCAAGAAUUUCAGCCAGAUCUCUCCGGCCGUCCAGACUCAUCUCAAGCAGGUCUACUUGUCAGUAUGCUGCGCUUUGAUUGCUUCUGCUGCUGGGGCUUACCUGCAUCUUCUCUGGAACAUUGGUGGCCUCCUUACCACAUUUGCAUGCAUGGGAAGCAUGAUUUGGCUACUUUCCAUCCCUCCUCAUCAAGAGCAAAAACGGGUUGCUCUAUUGAUGGCGGCUGCUCUCUUUGAGGGGGCUUCAAUUGGUCCACUGGUAGCUUUAGCCAUUGAGAUUGACGCAAGCAUUUUGGUUAGUGCUUUUGUGGGUACUGCGGUGGCGUUUGGUUGUUUCUCAGCAGCAGCCAUUUUGGCAAAGCGUAGAGAGUACCUCUACCUUGGUGGCUUGCUCUCUUCCGGCGUCAGCAUUCUAUUGUGGCUGCACUUUGCUUCUGCAAUCUUUGGGGGUUCUGCAGCCAUCUUCAAGUUUGAGUUGUAUUUUGGGCUUCUGGUGUUCGUAGGCUUCACGGUGGUGGACACUCAGGAGAUAAUUGAGAAAGCAUAUCGUGGUGAUUUGGACUACGUGAAACAUGCACUGCUUCUUUUCACUGAUUUUGUUGCUGUCUUUGUCCGAAUUCUGACUAUCAUGUUGAAGAAUUCCAUGGAGAAGAGUGAGAAGAAGAAGAAAAGGAGGGACUGAAUGAUAUUUUGAGGCCUGGCCUGGCCUGGCGUGGCGUGGCGAGAUGUAAUCAGUUUGUCCAUAAAGUGUGGUGUUUUCUUAAUGGAACUGUUAAUACUUGGGAACUCGCUGGCUUUAGUUGUGUUGGUGUUAUUGGAUUUUCACAUAUGAGAAUGCUCGAAUUUCGGCAUUGUAUAUUAUUGAUGGGUGGUGGAAACUGAUAUUUACGAUCGUACAAGUCCUUUUUUAAGUAUGAAUGUUGGAUUAUGAUCGUACAA